UUUUAUGAUUAUGAUUACUUAUUUGUGCUGUUCCAAAUUGUCUGAAUAAAAAUGACAGUUAGUGCAGAAUGGUGGAUUUAGACAGAUCAAGAGAUAUGCUUAGAUACACAGAAAAAUAGACAUAUUUUGAACAUUAUGGCUCUAGAUUCCAGGAAAAAAGCUCAAUUCUGCUGCUUUCAAUAUACUUUGUAUCUCUCAUUUACUCAAGUGCACUUUCCUGGUCAUAACAUUCUAUGACAAACACAUGCCAUACAGAAAUUAGCUGCUACACACUAGUUCAGGGAUUAAACACAUCUCAGGGUCUAGGAACACUGCAACAACACUUGAAGAGCCUUGUGCUAUCCUACAAAAGCUAUAGUUUAGUUUCCUGUCAAGUCAAACAGCAGUUACUUAGCCAUCUUCCAUUACUGCACUGCUUUUGUCAACUCAACUGAGAGAGAAGUCACGCUGUUCAGCGUUCCCUCACUGGAUCUGCUCUCUCCAUAGCUCUAACUUCAGGCCCGCUCCAAGGCGUCCGCAUGGUCCUAAGCCACCCGCUGAACUUCGAGAACAAACACACUCUCUUUUCUCUCCAAUCUGAGCAAGAUUGACAGCACAAUAAAUGAGGAUGGGGGAGGGGCUAUUAAAGGUGGCCAGUCAUAUAUUAUAUAAUCAAGUGAUUAUCACUGAAGUGAAAGGAGAGAGCCAACAGAGACACUACUAGAGGCAAACACACGGUCAGGCGAGUGGACAAGUUUAUUUACAAAGGGGACAUUUCUUAACGCCUGGAUGGAAAUGUAAUGCAUUGAGCAGGCAUACCUAUCUUUUGUAGAUACAUUGGGGCCGUUCUACAAUACAUUAUACUGUACAAAUGGGUACUACAGUAGAGUGCUACGGUCUCUUAUUGUGUUAUUGUUUCCAAUAGUUAACCAUUGUGAGAGACAGAGAAAGAGAGGUCGAGGUUGUACACUUCUUGUUGAGACGUUUCACUCAUAACUCACAGGACCCAGCAUCCUAGCUGAGUCCAGACUGGAGCCAUGUCUCCAGAGAAGGAAAGCAAUGGUCUCGAAAACGACACAUUUGCUAUUCAUGGGCAUUUCUGUGAGCUGGAGAAUGAUGGAGAGGGCUCUGACCUCUCUGAGGAGGAUGACAAGAACAAGCUGGCCUACUGUGUCACAGACGUCCCAGCCUGGUACCUAUGCAUAAUCCUGGGCAUCCAGCAUUUACUGACAGCGUUUGGGGGGAUAAUUGCCAUCCCUCUGAUCCUGUCUCAGGGUCUGUGUCUGCAGCACGAUGGCCUGACCCAGGGUCACCUCAUCAGCACCAUCUUCUUUGUGUCAGGCGUGUGCACCCUGCUGCAGGUCACCUUCGGAAUCAGACUGCCCAUUGUUCAGGGGGGUACCUUUGCCUUUCUAGCUCCCUCCAUGGCUAUGCUGUCAAUGCCAGAGUGGACAUGCCCUGCCUGGACCCAGAACACUUCCCUGGUCAACACCACCUCUCCUGUGUACAUAGAUGUGUGGCAGAGCCGCAUGCGAGAGCUGCAGGGCUCCAUCAUGGUGGGCUCUUUGUUCCAGGUGCUGGUGGGUUUCUCUGGACUCAUCGGUUUCUUCAUGCGAUUUAUUGGCCCCCUUACCAUCGCACCCACCAUUUCUCUGAUUGGCCUGUCCCUGUAUGACUCGGCUGGAAUGAGCGCAGGGAACCACUGGGGCAUCUCCACUAUGACAACUGCUCUGAUCAUCCUGUUCUCCCAGUACUUCCGACACAUCCCUGUACCAUUCCCCACAUACAGCAAGACCAAGAAACUCCACACCUCCAGGAUCUACAUCUUCCAGCUUCUCCCUGUGCUCCUUGGCAUCACACUGUCAUGGCUGAUCUGUUACAUUUUCACCAUCUCUAAUGUCCUGCCCUCCGAGCCGGAGCAGUACGGCUACCUGGCUCGCACAGACCUGAAGGGGGAUGUCAUAAGCCAGGCCCCUUGGUUCAGAUUCCCAUAUCCAGGCCAGUGGGGUUUGCCAACUGUGAGCCUGGCGGGAGUGGUAGGGAUCUUGGCUGGGGUGUUAUCCUCCAUGAUAGAGUCGGUGGGGGACUACCACGCCUGUGCCAGACUAUCAGGGGCCCCUCCACCCCCUAAGCAUGCCAUCAACAGGGGCAUUGGCAUUGAGGGGAUUGGCUGUCUGCUGGCUGGGGCCUGGGGCACGGGCAACGGAACCACCUCCUAUAGUGAGAAUGUGGGUGCACUGGGCAUCACCAAGGUGGGCAGUCGCAUGGUGAUCGUUGCUGGUGGGGCAUUGAUGAUCAUCAUGGGACUUUUCUGUAAAAUUGGAGCAAUUUUCACCACCAUCCCCACACCUGUGAUUGGAGGAAUGUUCUUGGUCAUGUUCGGGGUCAUUUCUGCAGCUGGAGUUUCAAAUCUGCAGUAUGCAGACAUGAACUCCUCCCGGAACGUGUUUAUCUUUGGAUUUUCCAUGUUUUCCGGGCUUGUCAUUCCAAACUGGAUAUUCAAGAACCCGGAUGCCAUAGCAACAGGUGUGGUCGAGCUGGACCAACUGCUGCAGGUGCUUCUAACAACUAGCAUGUUUAUUGGAGGCUUCUUUGGGUUCUUCCUUGACAACACCAUUCCAGGCACCCUGCGGGAGCGGGGCAUCGUGGACUGGAACAAGAUCCCCCUUGAUGACUCCAGCAACACUUUGGAGAGCAGUGAGGUGUACAACCUUCCAUUUGGAAUUAGCUCUUGUCUCUCCUCCUUCUCCUGGGUUCGAUAUGUGCCGUUCCUCCCUCCAAAUGCACCAAGCUCACAGGACGAGGCCAAGGUGGACUCUUUGGCGACCAAGCAGCAGCCUGUGAAGCCAGAGGUUAUCAGAUCAGUGGCCCUAUGAACACUGUGCAGGACCAGACACGGGCUAAAACAACAACAAUAAGCGAGGCAGCUCUCGUGACAUGGUCCUCCCGUUCUUGUAAAGAUUUGAUUAUACAUUUUCUAAAUUAACUUUUGGCAAUAAUAUUUUGGCAUUUGUGUGGUGUAAAUACAUUUGUGUUGUAAUACAUCUUUUUUUUUUUUUUUACAGUAAAGUGUUGUAAAAAUAUACAUUUUUUUUUAAUGGAACUUGUAUUUUACUGAUAACACACUGUAUAGGAGCCAUAUAAUAAUUGGACUAAAAUCACUUAAAGUUUCAAAAAUAAUAUCUGUAAAUAUAAUGAUUUUUUUUCAGAACUACAUUUCCAAGUGUGUUCAGGGUAGCACUAGUAAUAAACCUUUCCAAGAGUUUUAAAUACUAACAAAAAUCUAAACUGCAAUACAUUUUAAUCAUAUCUCAAACUGUAAUUUUGAUUCGGUGAUAUGAUAGUACAAAGGUAGCCAAUGAAAUCAUUCUUGACACUACCUUUAAUGAUUAAUGGAAUUGUUUUGAAAAAUGGAGACCAAUGGAGCCCUGCAAAUGAAGACGACAAUAUGUAUCAGUACAGUAUCAAUCCACAACAUAGAGCUAUCAUUUAUCUGUGAGGUUUUUCCUCAGCUGUCACUGUCAGGUCCUGCUUGAUGGCUCGGUAAAAGCUGAGAAAGAACUCUGCCAGUGGUCAGCACAGUGCACUCAAAGUCCUCCGGGCGAUUGGAAAGAUCAGAGGUCAGGAGACAGAUAUCCAAGGGAAAAUGUCUCACCUCAAAGAGUACAUUCACAUCCUCUAUAGCGCUCUGAAAGGUGGGCUUCACCAUUGACGUCAUCUCUCUCUUCACUCUAACAGCUGGUGGGUAAAAGGGCUGAAUGAGGGAGAGCGAGAAAGAAUGUUAACUCUUUUCUCUCUAAGUCUUGCCAAAGGUUUCAUUGUGUGAUGUGCUGCAGAGCAUGUGGCUUGAACCAUAUUUAUUGCAUAUUAAGAUUUGUCUUAAUGUCAUACUAUAUACACGAUUUAUAAACGGUGUGUUAUUCUCACAGGGGAAACACAAAGAAAUGGGUUGCUUUGUGUCACACUCCAAUUCAAAGAGUUGCCAAAUUGAAUGUGGUUACACCUCUUAGCCCUAUUAGUAAUACCUCAGUCUAUGUGAGGAUGUGAAAUUCUUUCUAUAUGAGUAAAUCUAGUGAAACGUUAUUCAUGUAAAAGGGGAGGUGGUGGUUGUCUUUUUGCUGUUUGAAUAAAAGUCAGCCAUGUCCAAAUA